AUUGAUCAAGACUGAAGGAAAAGUUCAUCAUGAUUCAGUGACAGAUGCUGCUAUGGGGUUGUACUGCUGCUGAUUAAAGGGCUAGAACAUUUUAUCUGCCUCUGUCUGUGUAAUGACUGUCAGGCCAAGCACUAGAAGAUGGAGCCGGGAGUUUGUGCCACACACAGAGGUCCGGUCUGGUUCCGCCUCCCGGGAGAGGUCCCAUUCCAGGGAGAGAUCCAGGCAAAGAUUGCUAGAGAAUUCCACAGAUUUGGCCAAGAUGAAGAGUCGCAGAAGUGGGAUGAUGGAGAGCUCCCGCACAUUGUACUCCAGCAUGUCCCGCAGUAUUGAGUUGUCACUGGAUGAGUUAGAUGCUGUCAAAUUUAUUCAGGAGAACUUUAAGAAGAGAGAGUGCAUAACAUACACCAAGGAUUCAAAAUCACAAGAUGGCAUGUGCAAAUGUGGGUACUCCAAGAUGCAACAUGUUGAAGGGGCUCAGACCAACCAGAAUGAUAAGUGGAACUACAAGAAGCACACAAAAGAGCUGCCUACAGAUGCAUAUGGAGAUAUUCAGUUUGAUGCAUUUGGAAAAAAAGGAAAGUACAUUCGCUUGUCCCGGGACACAACACCAGACACAUUGUAUGAGCUCAUGACCAAAUACUGGCAGCUUAAAACACCAAACCUCAUCAUCUCUGUGACAGGAGGUGCCAAGAACUUCUCUCUGAAGCCAAGAAUGCGCAAGAUCUUCAGCCGUCUAAUUUACAUUGCACAGACCAAAGGAGCCUGGAUAUUUACAGGCGGAACUCACUAUGGCCUUAUGAAGUACAUCGGAGAAGUGGUUAGAGAUAACACCAUCAGCCGGAGCUCAGAAGAAAAAGUGGUAGCUAUUGGUAUCGCAGCCUGGGGCAUGAUCUCUAAUCGGGACACACUGAUCCGGACUUCCACAACAGAGGGAAAUUAUGUGGCUCACUACAUGAUGGAUGAACAGAAGCGAGAUCCCCUCUACUUCCUAGACAGCAAUCAUACACAUCUCAUUCUGGUGGAUAAUGGCACCAAUGGACAUCCAGCUGUUGAGGCUGAUCUUAGAGCUUCGUUGGAGAAGUAUAUCUCUGAGUUAAAUGUGCCUGAUUCCAAUUAUGGUGGAAAAAUCCCUAUUGUAUGUUUUGCUCAGGGGGGUGGAAAGGACACACUGAAGGCAAUAAAUACAGCAGUCAAGAGUAAAAUCCCAUGUGUAGUGGUGGAGGGAUCCGGGCAGACUGCUGAUGUCAUUGCCAGCUUAGUGGAAUCUGAGGGCACUUCUUCUCUAGCAUCAUCUGUCAUUAAAGAGAGGCUGGUGAGAUUCUUGCCUCGCACUAUAGCUCGACUGGCAGAAGAUGAGAUGGAGACAUGGAUAAGAUGGAUUAAAGAAAUAAUGGAACAAUUCCAUCUUCUGACUAUAAUUAAAAUUGAACAGGCUGGCGAUGAAAUAGUAAGCAAUGCUAUCUGUUAUGCUCUGUAUAAAGCUUUCAGCACCAACGAGCAGGAUAGGGACAACUGGAACGCACAGCUGAAAUUGCUGCUAGAGUGGAACCAGUUGGAUCUUGCUAGUGAAGAAAUCUUUACAAAUGAUCGGCGAUGGGAGUCAGCUGACCUAGAGGAUGCUAUGUUUGCCGCACUGGUAAAGGACCGUCCAAAGUUUGUUCGUCUUUUGCUGGAGAAUGGUCUAAAUCUACGCAAGUUUCUGACCAGUGAAAUCCUUAGUGAACUUUUUUCUCAGCAUUUUAGUACCCUAGUAUUUCGUAAUUUGCAAAUUGCCAAAAACUCUUACAAUGACACCUUACUCACCUUUGUCUGGAAAAUGGUAUUGAACUAUCAAAGAAACCGCAAAGAAGAGAGGAACAGCUGUGAUGAAUCAGAGAUACAGGAUCUCACACCAAUAAUCAAACAUCCCAUCCAGGUUUUGUUCAUAUGGACCAUCCUGCAGAACAAGAGAGAGCUGUCUAAAGUAAUAUGGGAGCAGAUAAGGGGAUGUACCCUGGCUGCUCUGGGUGCUAGCAAACUGCUUAAGAGCCUGGCUAAAGUAAAAAAUGACAUCAAUGCUGCGGGGGAAUCAGAGGAGAUUGCAAAUGAAUAUGAAAACAAAGCAGUAGAGCUAUUCUCAGAGUGCUACAGCAAUGAUGAGGAUUUGGCAGAGAUGCUGCUCGUGCAUUCCUGUGAGGCCUGGGGAAAUAGUAAUUGCCUUGAGAUGGCUGUAGAGGCAAAGGACCAGCAGUUUAUAGCUCAGCCAGGUGUACAGAACUUUCUUUCCAAGCAAUGGUAUGGGGAGAUUUCCAGAGAUACAAAAAACUGGAAGAUUCUUUUGUCACUGUUCUUGUUUCCUCUCAUCAGCUGUGGAUUUAUAUCAUUCAGGAAAAAACCAACAGAACCAAAAAGACCCAUCUUUUUGAAUUACUUGGCUUUCUUCACCUCACCUUUUGUUGUCUUCUCCUGGACAGUCAUUUUCUACAUUGGAUUUCUACUUCUUUUUGCAUAUGUUCUUCUUAUGGAUUUUCAGAUAUACCCUACAGGACUUGAGAUUGCUGUCUAUAUACUGGUUUUUAUCCUACUGUGUGAUGAGAUCAGGCAGAUGUACAUGAGUGGAAUAAAGUAUUUUACUGAUCUGUGGAACAUUAUGGAUAUCUUGGCCAUCUUAUAUUUCUUUGCAGGAAUUAUGUUCAGACUGCACAAAGACAACUCAAGCUCACUGUACACUGGACGGGUUAUUUUCUGCCUGGAUUAUAUCAUUUUCACUGUCCGCCUCAUUCACAUCUUCACCGUUAGCCGGAACCUAGGACCAAAGAUCAUUAUGCUGCAGAGGAUGCUCAUUGAUGUCUUCUUUUUCCUCUUCCUGUUUGCCGUUUGGGUGAUUGCAUUUGGAGUUGCUCGUCAGGGAAUCCUGAGAUGGAAUGAACAUCGCUGGGAAUGGAUUUUCCGCUCUGUUAUAUAUGAGCCAUAUCUAGCCGUGUUUGGGCAAUACAUUACUGAUGUGGAUGGGACAACUAUUGAUUUUAGUCACUGCACUAUUACUGGGAAUGAAUCCAAACAGCUGUGUGUGGAAAUGGACAAUAACAACAUUCCCAGAUUCCCAGAGUGGAUCACAAUCCCACUUGUCUGUAUCUACAUGCUCUCCACCAACAUCCUGCUUGUAAACUUGCUUAUUGCCAUGUUUGGAUACACAGUGGGCACGGUUCAGGAAAACAAUGAUCAAGUAUGGAAGUUUCAGCGCUAUUUUUUGGUCCAGGAAUAUUGCAGCAGAUUGACCAUUCCAUUCCCAUUUGUCAUUUUUGCUUACUUCUAUAUGGUCCUGCGGAAAAUGUUAAGUUGCUGCUGCAAAAAGCAGGAGCCUCCGCCUGCACCUUGCUGUUACACUAAGGAGGAUGUUGAGACCUUGGCCUGGGAAGCUGUGAUGAAAGAUAAUUAUCUGGUGAAACUGAUUAGCCAGAAUCACAAUAACACAGAGGCAGAAAACAGAUUCAAGCAAAUGGAGGCAAAGCUGUAUGACUUGAAAGUGUUAAUCAAUGAUAUUAAUCACAAGAUAAAGUGAUGUCAUUUACACAUGGAAGGAUUAUGGUA